CCAAAACACCAAGAUGGCCAUGGUGAUGGAAGAGCUGCACCGACAUCUUGGUGGUGGAGACAAGUCUGUCAAAAUGCACCUGGAGUUCUGGAUCACCAUUGGACACCCAAAACCUUUCACCACCGAGAAGGAAGCAUCUGUGUUCCAAUCUUUGGCUCAGAUCGUCUCAUCCUUGGCCCUCUGCUGUUCAGAUUCCCAGUUAACCUUGAAGAAAAAAGUUGAUGCCUUCACAGGAUCUGGAUUGUCUUUUCAGAGUCAGAUACAGGAAAUCAUGCAGUUUAUUGCCAAUGGGGAACUUUCUGAAGCUCAGACAGGUUUGCAGUCGCUGGCUUCAGUUCUGACAAGAAGUGGUCUUCUGCAGGGGUGUAAAACAGCACCAAACAUGUCGGAGUCACAGAAUGAAACAGUCGGUCAAACAGAUGCGGAGCUGUUGGCCAAGGACGGUCCUGAGGGCAGCAAAAAGCCAGCUCAGUUUCUGUCUCUCUGGCCUCUGUUUGGACAUAUGUCUUUGCUGGCAGAGAUGUCUGCAGUCGGGAGACAGUUGCUGCAACAAGCAGUUGUGGAAUCUACUGAUGCUUCCACGGCUGUGGUUGAUUUAGAACCAGUUGAGGUGUCUGAUGUCACUUCUUUGAGAGAUUUUGUUGUUAGUCAUUUACCAGAAUUGACAAAUUGGAGUUUGGUCAGCAGAGCGUUUUCAAAU